UUUUUUUUUCUUCCAAAUAAAUAUAUAAAUAAAUAUAAAUACAUAUUUUUUUUUUUAAAAAAAAAAGAGAAAUAUGACAAGUAAUAUGGACGCCUCUUUUUCUCAAAAAGUAAUUGAAAAACCAAAAAGAAAGCAAGUAAAAAAUGCAUGCGUGAAUUGCCAAAAGGCAUGCAAAAAAUGUGAUGAUGGUAGACCAUGUAAACGUUGUAUUAAACUUGGUUUAACUGCAACUUGUAAAGAUUCAGAUAGAAAGGAACGUAAAAAAGGUGUAAAACGUGGACCUUAUAAAAAACGUCAAGCCUAUUUGAAAGAUAAACCAGAGCAACAACCAUUACUGCUGCCUAUUUUAUAUGAACAACAGCAAUCAUUAUUAAAUCUGAAUAAUGAUUCCAUUAAAAAUCAAUCUUCCAUAUUUAACUCUUCUAUCUCAAGACAUCAACAAUCGCCUAUUCUAACAACUAAUAAUUCAAUGAUUCAUUUGGAUGAAGCGUCGUCGGAUGAAACGUUACACUACUUUACAUAUGGUCUAUUAGACCAUCGUCAGCAAAAUAUAACUACGGGUUAUCAUCAUCAUGAUAUUAUUAUACCUCUUCCUUCCUUUGAUUCCUCAUUAAAUGAUCCUUCUUCUUUAUCACCAAUCGAUUAUCACCCGAGUAUGACCAAUUUACAGCAAAAAGAAUCUAUUUUACCUUUAUAUAACAACAACAGUAACAAUGAUAUUCAUAAUUUGACUACCACUACUACGUUUAUAAAUGAAGAAGAAGAGAAUAAUAUCAAUUGGUUAAUAGAAACUUCUUCUUUUUCUAAUUUUGAUUUGAAUUCUACUUUACAUAAUCAUUUUUGGUCUUUUCCACCUUGUUAAGAUAAUAUGUAUGAUUUUUUUUUUUUUUUUAUGAAUUUAUAAUAUGAUAUGCC